GUCCUGACAGCCGGGGCAGGAGAGACGCGGCAGAGCCGAUCGGCAUUGAGAAAUGCCUGGGAAAGCUUGGCGCUCUGGUUCCGGCUGUGUGCUGGUAUUUUGGGAACGGUUUUCUGGGCAGGCCCCGCGGCGCUGAGCGCUGUUUGUUCCCUGGGCAGGUCUCGGUGCUGUAUUUCGCCAGGAGCGCGGAGCUGGCGGGGCUGCGCUCUGAGACCCUCUCGGUGCCACGGGAGAUCACCUCUCUGCAGCUCUGGGAGGAGAUCGUCAAGGUCCACCCCAGGCUUGCUGUCAUCCGAGAUCAAGUGGUAUUUGCCGUUCGGCAGGAGUACGUGCUUCUUGGAGAUCAGCUGCUGGUCCUGCAGCCUGGAGACGAGGUUGCCAUCAUCCCACCAAUUAGUGGAGGCUGAACCUUCCCUGGUUCUAUUAGUGCGAUAUGGAAGAAAGCGAAGAUGUGCCAAAAGAUUUUAUCAAGCUCAAGUUUGAAAAGCUGUCUGUAGAUGAAGUGUCAGAGCUGGUUGUUUCGCCAUACUGUGGGGCAGUGUCUCUGUUCAUUGGUACUACAAGAAAUAAUUUUGAAGGAAAAAAAGUGAUUCACUUAGAAUAUGAAGCAUAUACUUCAAUGGCAGAGACUGAAAUAAAGAAAAUCUGCAGAGAUGUUAGACAGAAAUGGCCUUCAGUCAAACAUAUUGCAGUGCACCAUAGACUUGGCGUGGUUCCAAUAACUGAAGCAAGUGUAAUUAUUGCAGCCUCCUCUCCACACAGAGCAGAAUCCCUUGAAGCUGUAAUGUACUGCAUCAAUACCUUAAAAGCAUCCGUCCCAAUAUGGAAAAAGGAGAUUUAUGAGGAUGAAUAUUCUUGGAAAGAAAACAAGGAAUGCUUUUGGGCAAAUUCAGAAAAAUAAUUGUACUCUUUUGAAAAUAAAGUGUUACUCUUCCUAAUGAA